AUGCCAUGGACAAAAGAGCUGAGAUAUUCUGUCUUGGUUGUCGACUGCAUCACUCUGAUCACCGGUCUUCCUGCCAACCUACUGGCUUUCUACAUUUUCAUCCGAAAAGUGAAACAGCGUGCUACACCUUUAGAUGUGCUCUUGCUCAGCCUUAACAUUUCUGACCUUCUCUUUCUCUUGUUCCUUCCAUUGCGUAUAAAAGAGGCAGCUGACAUGAAAUGGACCUUGAACUUCUUCCUUUGUCCAUUGUCAGCAUUCAUCUACUUCAGCACCAUCCACAACAGCACUUUGCUUUUAACAGCUAUCAGUGUGGAGCGCUAUCUGGGAGUAGCCUUCCCUAUCAAAUACAAACUCAAACGAAAUCCUCGAUAUGCUGUGAUCGCUAGUGUCAUAUUCUGGGCGCUUUCCAUGGCGCAUUGCAGCAUUGUCUUCAUUGUGGAAUACCAUAAAGACAGCAAUACCACUGACAAGGGUCUGUCCAAUAGGAGCACCUGCUACAAAGACUUUAGCAAUGAGCAGUUGGAACUCCUUUUACCUGUCCGUUUUGAGUUGUUCAUCGUCCUGUUCUGCAUUCCUUUUCUCAUCUGUUGCUUCUGCUACAUCAACUUCAUCAUUAUCCUCUGUCGCUUACCUAACAUCAACCCUCAGAGACGCUCCAGGGCCACUGGGCUUGCUCUAGUCACCCUCCUGGCUUUCAUCAUCUGCUUUAUACCAUUCAACGUGUCCCAUGUGGUGGGUUUUUUUGGAUGGAAGAGUCCACCUUGGAGAAUCUACACAGUACUACCCAGCACCUUCAAUGCUUGCUUGGACCCCUUUGUCUUUUAUUUUUCUUCAUCAGCAGUUCGGGAGGCUCUCAACCUCAUAAUGCAACACUUCUUCAACUGGAUACACCGUUCCUUCGGCCAGAAAUUCAACUGUGUGAAGUUUGGCUGCGGUACUGCUUAUGAGGAGAGAUCACAGAAUUCCAAUGAUACAUCUCACUAGAAUCUGGUACUGCAGAUAGGCACAUAUUUUCAUUAGUGCUCGCAUGUGUUUAUAGCCAUAUUGCAGAGAAAUCCCACAGUUUUCAGAGGAUCGGUUAUU